AUGUUAUCAGUAGCUUCUGUUGAAACUCAAAAUUCAGAGCUUUCUUCUUUAGCUUCACCUCAAAAACCACAAACCCAAUCUUCUGAAGAAACCCAUGUUUUCAUUUCAAAACUUCCCCAAAUCCCCAUUUCAAAUCAUCUCCCUCUCCACACGUACUGUUUUGGGAAUCUUGCACAGUAUCCUGAAAGACCAUGUCUUAUAGUUGGCAGCACUGGAAAAACAUACUCUUUUUCAGAAACCCACCUCUUAUGUCGGAAAACAGCCGCCGGUCUGUCCAAACUUGGCUUGAAAAAGGGAGAUGUGAUUAUGGUUCUGUUGCAAAACUGUCCUGAAUUUGUUUUUACUUUCAUGGGGGCUUCAAUGAUAGGUGCUGUCACCACUACAGCCAAUCCGUUCUAUACAAGUUCAGAAGUUUUCAAGCAAUUUGGUGCGUCUAAAGCUAAACUGAUCAUAACUCAAUCUCAAUACGUCGAUAAGUUGAGGGAUCCGGGGCAGAAUAACCCGAAACUCGGCGAAGAUUUCAAUGUAAUCACCAUUGAUGACCCGCCGGAGAAUUGCUUGCAUUUCUCAGUACUUUCUGAAGCAAAUGAGAAUGAUAUUCCAUCGGUUUCUAUUGAUCCAAAUGACCCAGUCGCGCUUCCAUUUUCAUCUGGCACCACGGGUUUACCAAAAGGUGUUAUCUUGACUCACAAAAGCUUGAUCACGAGUGUGGCUCAGCAAGUGGAUGGGGAGAAUCCCAAUUUAUACUUGAAGUCGGAUGAUGUGGUUCUCUGUGUUCUUCCACUGUUUCACAUUUAUUCAUUAAAUUCAGUGCUUCUGUGCUCGCUUAGAGCCGGCGCCAGUGUCCUUCUGAUGCAAAAAUUCGAGAUCGGAUCUUUCUUGGAACUGAUACAGAGGCACCGUGUGUCGGUGGCGGCGGUGGUGCCGCCGCUAGUCCUAGCGUUGGCCAAGAAUCCAAUGGUGGAUAAAUUCGACUUGAGUUCAAUUCGUAUGGUGCUGUCUGGGGCCGCUCCGCUGGGGAAGGAGCUCGAGGCCGCCCUUAGAAACCGAGUCCCACAGGCCAUUUUUGGUCAGGGCUAUGGCAUGACCGAGGCUGGUCCAGUAUUAUCAAUGUCCACGGCAUUCGCCAAGCAACCAAUAUUGACUAAAUCUGGCUCAUGUGGCAAUGUCGUUAGGAAUGCCGAACUCAAGGUGGUCGAUCCUGAAUCCGGUUCUUCCCUUCCCCGUAACCAACCCGGAGAAAUUUGCAUCCGCGGGCCUCAAAUCAUGAAAGGGUAUUUGAACGAUGACGAGGCAACUGCCAACACCAUUGAUGUCGACGGCUGGCUCCAUACCGGCGACAUCGGUUACGUGGACGACGACGACGAUAUUUUUAUUGUCGACCGAGUGAAAGAACUCAUUAAAUUCAAAGGCUUCCAGGUUCCACCAGCCGAGCUCGAGGCUCUUCUCGUAAGCCACCCGAACAUUGCCGACGCUGCAGUCGUACCGCAAAAAGACGAGGCUGCCGGUGAAGUUCCCGUGGCAUUUGUGGUUCGAUCGAAUGGAUUCGAACUUACAGAAGAAGCUGUUAAAGAAUUCAUUGCAAAACAGGUUGUUUUUUACAAGAAAUUGCAUAAAGUGUACUUUAUACACGCAAUUCCCAAGUCUCCCGCUGGUAAAAUUUUAAGGAAAGAUCUUAGAGCGAAACUCGCCACUCCCAUAUCGUCGCCAUCGCCAUCGUAA